UCCGCCGGGCGGGCGGCCGGCUGCACGGGCAGGGCGGGCGGGAGGCAGAGCGCGGCUGAAAGGUGUUGCUGGAGGGCAACUUUGGAGAAGGUUGUCGGGUGCCUGUGCGCUCCGGCAGCAUCAUGGCGGAGCAGGGCGAGUCGCCGGUCCACGUCCAGCAGCCCCAGCCGGCUCCGGCGCCCGCCGCCCCGGCCGCCGGCUGGCCCAUCUGCAGGGACGCCUACGAGCUGCAGGAGGUGAUCGGUAGCGGUGCUACAGCAGUUGUCCAGGCAGCACUGUGCAAACCCAGGCAAGAACGUGUAGCAAUAAAGAGGAUCAACUUAGAAAAAUGCCAAACCAGUAUGGAUGAAUUACUUAAAGAAAUUCAAGCAAUGAGUCAGUGCAAUCACCCUAAUGUGGUGACCUAUUACACAUCUUUUGUGGUGAAGGAUGAGCUUUGGCUGGUUAUGAAGCUAUUGAGUGGGGGUUCCAUGCUUGAUAUAAUAAAGUAUAUUGUCAACAGAGGAGAGCAUAAAAAUGGUGUGCUUGAAGAACCAAUAAUAGCAACAAUUCUUAAAGAAGUUUUGGAGGGCUUAGACUAUCUACACAGGAAUGGGCAAAUUCACAGAGAUUUGAAGGCUGGCAACAUUCUUCUGGGUGAGGAUGGCUCUGUACAAAUAGCAGAUUUUGGUGUUAGUGCAUUUUUAGCAACUGGAGGUGAUGUUACUCGUAACAAAGUAAGGAAAACAUUUGUUGGUACUCCCUGUUGGAUGGCCCCUGAAGUAAUGGAGCAGGUGCGAGGUUAUGACUUCAAGGCCGAUAUGUGGAGUUUUGGGAUAACAGCCAUUGAGUUAGCAACAGGAGCAGCACCUUAUCACAAAUAUCCUCCUAUGAAAGUGUUAAUGCUGACGCUUCAAAAUGACCCUCCCACUUUAGAGACAGGUGUAGAGGACAAGGAGAUGAUGAAAAAGUAUGGCAAAUCCUUUAGAAAACUAAUUUCAUUAUGCCUUCAAAAAGAUCCUUCCAAAAGGCCCACAGCAGCAGAACUUUUAAAAUGCAAAUUUUUCCAGAAAGCCAAGAAUAGAGAAUACCUGAUUGAAAAGCUUCUCACUAGAACACCUAAUAUAGCACAAAGAGCAAAAAAGGUCAGACGAGUGCCAGGUUCAAGUGGUCACCUCCAUAAAACAGAAGAUGGGGACUGGGAAUGGAGUGAUGAUGAAAUGGAUGAGAAGAGUGAGGAAGGMAAAGCUGCUGUUUCUCAGGAAAAGUCACGAAGACUGAAAGAGGAGGAGAACACAGAGUCUCAGCCUGCUGUUAGUGAGGAAUAUAGUGAAGUUCCAUGUGCAGUGAACCUUGUUUUAAGAUUAAGGAACUCCAGGAAAGAGCUUAAUGACAUACGGUUUGAGUUUACUCCAGGCAGAGACACAGCAGAUGGCGUUUCUCAGGAGCUGUUCUCUGCAGGCCUGGUUGAUGGCCACGAUGUAGUUAUAGUUGCUGCUAACUUACAGAAGAUAGUAGAUGAUCCAAAGGCCUUGAAAACAUUGACUUUUAAGUUGGCCUCUGGCUGUGAUGGCACUGAGAUUCCUGAUGAAGUGAAACUGAUUGGUUUUGCUCAGUUAAGUGUCAGCUGAUGUCUGUCCCUUGACCCCAAGCCGAAUUGUGAAAUUGCGAAGAGGCCAGCUUAGAUGCAAAGGAAAAUUAAUGCACCACACACUGAGUUCUGCUUCAUUAUCUAGCAAUUCACAAAGUCAGAACAAGCAAAGCCCACAGCUACACUGCUGCUGUUAACAUUCAAUGCUCCUAAAUGUCUCUUAGCAGUUGAUUUGGAUUCCCCAUAAAUGAAAAGCCUGUGGAAAUGCACUCAGGUGGCUGUAUUUAUUGGUUCCAAAAGGAAUUUUCUAUCAAGAUUACUUCUUUCAUAGACUUUGAGUGAUACUGUUUUACCUGUUCUUGUGGUUGAUAAUAUUGCCUCUAUUCUGUUACAUUUAGAAAUUAACAUACAUAUAAAAGUUUAGAAUUAUUAGCCAAACUUGAAUUCUAGUUUUAAAAAUGACUGUGAAUUUUAUUUUUCAUAUAUUUAUGCAUUACACAUACUAGKAAUAAGAAAAUGAUUUGACCUGAUUAUAUACUAUUUGCAGUUAAUCUCCCACUAUUAAAAAAGGUUCGGGUAUGUCUUUGAAGUAUUUGGUAAAUUCUUGAAAUUAUUUGAUUCAACAUUAGCAAGCUUUUGUUGGUUGUGUGUCAAAAAACCAGUCCACAAACUGAUUGUCAGGGGAGUGGGAGGUGCCUUGCAGAUAUUAAUGUUUGAAGAAUGUGCCUGAGGCUGCUUAUAUAAAUAAUCUCCAUUUUCUAAAGUACCAUACAUAUGGUACAAUAAAUAUAAAUAUAUAUAGUUAUCUGAGCACGGAGGGGAUAUACAGUAGCAAAGGUGUUAUUUUGACUAUGCUUUAUUGGGGGGUCUAUGAGCUAGAGCUACUUUGAACUGUUGUUAAGGUGGAAUGCUUACUGUGUCCAUCUCUGAUCUGACUUACUCUGAAUGAUAGAAACCGGUUUCAUACAGGUGAAUAAAACUUGAAGAAUGGAAAUGAAGCUUUAUUUGAAGUUCUGCAAAAUACCAAGGUGGAGUGAAAAUAAUAGGGCUUUGUGCAAUGAUCAAUUAAAACUCUGUUACAAAGAAAACACUUCAACCCAAGUAGUCUUCUGCUUAACCUGUGACGUAGAUGUUAUGGAGCUAGGGAACCUUAGAAAGACUUCCACAUUUGGAGAUGUGUUUCUCAGAGGUUACAAUUUAAACUACUUCCUAGUUAAUCCUAGAUAAGUGGCAGCUCUUUAAUGUACUGAAAAUGGCAAAUAUAUAUUAUUAAGAGAAGUUAUUUAUAAUGCCUUGCCAUAAUCGUUGAGGUGUUCUAGAACCAUUUGCAUACAACUCAAUGUAAUCCCAUCCCAUCCUACUGUUUACAUGAUGAUUACUCCAAGAUGACUGCAAAGGUUAAAAAAAUAAAAUUAAAAUAAAGAUGUA